AUGGCAGAAGAAGACCGAAUGGAUGUAGAUGAUGCUGAAUCAGUCAAUGAAGUGUCAAAAACAAAUAAACCAAAAUUCGAAGUAAAGAAAUGGACAGCAGUUGCCUUUUGGUCGUGGGAUAUACAGAUUGAAAAUUGUGCCAUCUGCAGAAACCACUUGAUGGAACCAUGUAUUGAAUGUCAACCGAACUCAAUGGCAAAUGGUGGAGAAGAGUGUAUCGCGGCUUGGGGAAUGUGCAACCAUGCAUUCCACUUACAUUGCAUAAAGAGAUGGCUAAAAACUAGAAAUGCAUGUCCGUUGGAUAACACCGAGUGGGUAUAUCAAAAAUUUGGCAAAUAG